GGAGAGGUCGCUCCCGAGUCCGGACGCGGCCGCCCGCUUCCCCGAGCUCCGCGGGCUCAGCUCGCGCUGUCUGAAGGGGCGCGCCCGCGCGGACUCGCGCUCCCAGCACCGCCCACUCCCCUCCCCGCGACCGCCCCUCCCUCCGCCCGGACAGCCGGCGGCUGUGGCGGCGGCGGCUGCCGGGAGAGGCCCCUCCUUCACGCCCUCCUUCUUUCCCUCACUCGCAGUCGAGGGGAGCCGGCGGACGCGGCUGGGCCCCUCACCCUCCCCGGGCCAUGGCCGGCAACGUGAAAAAGAGCUCUGGGGCCGGGGGCGGCGGCGGCUCCGGGGGCUCGGGCUCCGGCGGCCUGAUCGGGCUCAUGAAGGACGCCUUCCAGCCGCACCACCACCACCACCACCUCAGCCCCCACCCUCCGGGGACCGUGGACAAGAAGAUGGUGGAGAAGUGCUGGAAGCUCAUGGACAAGGUGGUACGGUUGUGUCAGAACCCAAAGCUGGCGCUAAAGAAUAGCCCACCUUAUAUCUUAGACCUGCUGCCAGAUACCUACCAGCAUCUCCGCACUAUCUUGUCAAGAUAUGAGGGGAAGAUGGAGACGCUUGGAGAAAAUGAGUAUUUUAGGGUGUUCAUGGAGAAUUUGAUGAAGAAAACUAAGCAGACCAUAAGCCUCUUCAAGGAGGGGAAAGAAAGAAUGUAUGAAGAGAAUUCUCAGCCUAGGCGAAACCUAACCAAACUGUCCCUGAUCUUCAGCCACAUGCUGGCAGAACUAAAAGGAAUCUUUCCAAGUGGACUUUUUCAAGGAGACACAUUUCGGAUUACUAAAGCAGAUGCUGCGGAAUUUUGGAGGAAAGCUUUUGGGGAAAAAACAAUAGUACCUUGGAAGAGCUUCAGACAGGCCCUUCAUGAAGUACAUCCCAUCAGUUCUGGGCUGGAGGCCAUGGCUCUGAAAUCCACAAUUGACCUGACCUGCAAUGAUUAUAUUUCAGUUUUUGAAUUCGACAUCUUUACGCGACUCUUUCAGCCCUGGUCAUCUUUGCUCAGGAACUGGAACAGUCUUGCUGUAACUCAUCCUGGUUACAUGGCUUUUCUGACAUAUGAUGAAGUGAAAGCUCGGCUCCAGAAAUUCAUUCACAAACCUGGCAGUUACAUUUUCCGGCUGAGCUGUACUCGUCUGGGUCAGUGGGCUAUUGGGUAUGUCACUGCUGAUGGGAACAUUCUCCAGACAAUCCCUCAUAAUAAACCUCUCUUCCAAGCGCUGAUUGAUGGCUUCAGGGAAGGCUUCUAUUUAUUUCCUGAUGGACGGAAUCAGAAUCCUGACCUGACAGGCUUAUGUGAACCAACUCCCCAAGACCACAUCAAAGUGACGCAGGAACAAUAUGAAUUGUACUGUGAGAUGGGCUCCACUUUCCAACUGUGUAAAAUAUGUGCCGAAAAUGAUAAAGAUGUGAAGAUUGAGCCCUGUGGACACCUUAUGUGCACAUCCUGUCUAACAUCCUGGCAGGAAUCAGAAGGCCAGGGCUGUCCUUUCUGCCGAUGUGAAAUUAAAGGUACUGAGCCCAUUGUGGUGGAUCCCUUUGAUCCUAGAGGAAGUGGCAGCCUAUUGAGGCAAGGAGCGGAGGGCACUCCCUCCCCAAAUUAUGAUGAUGACGAUGAUGAACGAGCUGAUGAUUCUCUCUUCAUGAUGAAGGAGUUGGCUGGUGCCAAGGUGGAACGACCUCCUUCUCCAUUCUCCAUGGCCCCACAAGCUUCCCUUCCUCCAGUGCCGCCACGGCUUGACCUUCUACAACAGCGAAUAUCUGUUCCUUCAAGUGCUUCUGGUCUUGGAACUGCUUCUAAGGCUCCUUCUGGCUCCCUUCAUAAGGACAAACCAUUACCAAUACCUCCCACUCUUCGAGAUCUUCCACCACCACCCCCUCCAGACCGGCCAUAUUCUGGUGGAGCAGAAACCCGGCCUCAGAGACGCCCCUUGCCUUAUACACCAGGCGACGGUCCACCCAGAGACAAACUGCCGCCUGUCCCCUCUGGCCGAGGUGGAGAAACAUCAUGGCUGCCUCGGCCAAUCCCCAAAGUACCAGUAGUUGCUCCAAACCCUAGUGACCCCUGGACAGGGAGAGAAUUAACCAACCGACACUCACUUCCGUUUUCAUUACCCUCACAAAUGGAACCCAGAACCGAUAUGUCUAGGCUCGGAAGCACAUUCAGUCUGGAUACCUCCAUGAAUACGAAUAGCAGCGCAUUAGCAGGUCCAGAGUAUGACCAUCCCCAAAUCAAACCAUCUGCAUCUGCCAAUGCCAUUUAUUCUCUGGCUGCCAGACCUCUGCCUGCGCCGACGCUGCCCCCUGGAGGGCAGUGCGCAAGUGAGGAGGACACAGAGUAUAUGACCCCUUCCUCUAGGCCUGUGGGCCUUCAAAAGCCAGAAGCGAAGUGGCCUUUGGAGGCAACCCUGAGUUCACGAGCAUGUGACUGUGACCAGCAGAUCGAUAGCUGUACUUACGAAGCAAUGUAUAAUAUUCAAUCCCAGGCGGUGCCAGCUGUCACAGAGAGCGUCACCUUUGGUGAAGGGAAUUUGGCUGCAGCCCAUGCCAACACUGGCCCCGAGGAAUCUGAGAAUGAAGAUGAUGGGUAUGAUGUCCCCAAGCCACCCGUGCCCGUGGUGCUGGCCCGCCGCACGCUCUCCGACAUCUCCAAUGCCAGCUCCUCCUUUGGCUGGCUGUCUCUGGAAGGUGAUCCCGCAACAAACUUCACUGAGGGCCACCAAGUUCCUGAGAGGCCACCCAAACCAUUCCCUCGGAGAAUCAACUCUGAACGAAAAGCAGGUAGCUGUCAGCAAAGCAGUGCUGCUGCCACCACCACCUCACCGCAGCUCUCCAGUGAGAUUGAGAGCCUCAUGAGUCAGGGAUACUCCUACCAGGACAUUCAGAAAGCUCUGGUCAUUGCUCACAACAACAUCGAAAUGGCCAAAAACAUCCUCCGGGAAUUUGUUUCUAUUUCUUCUCCUGCCCACGUAGCCACCUAGCACACCCCAUCCCUGCUGCAGCUUAGAGGACCGAGGAGCCAGGAGCUCUUGCUCAAGUAGCACCUAAAAGGGCAGAGAGUUUCCUUUGGAGACUUCACAGUGAGGUCUUGCCCUGUCUGUGGGGUAUCACAUCUGUGGUUCCAAGAUUUCAAAGCAGUGGAAUGAGAACGGAGCAGCUAGGAUGUUGUAUUAUUUUAUUUGUUUUGAGAGUGCAUUUGAAGGUGUCCUUCAGUCCCCACCUGAGAGAGUGUGGAUUUUUAUUAAAUGGUAGCCUACCUGGGGAACAGUCCAGAAAGCAGUAGGAGAAGUACUGUGCUACAAAUCCUAAUUGAGGACUUAAGACCUUCUUGGGUUAAGGAUGUUGUUAUGUGUGUCUUGUCUGUCUGUCUGUCUGUGGUUGUAUGUGUCCUGUGAUUAUAAGAUUAACCUGCUGUGUGUGUUAAUCCCAGCCCGGGAAUUAGCACAAGAGGUUUAGGAAGGAAUCUUAUUAAAGACUUCCAUCUACUGUGGUUUUAUACCCAACCCCAGUGUGUAUUACAUCUCCAACACUCCCCUUUGGCUUGGAUUAUCAUGUGUAUAGCUGAAGUCUUGUAUUUUUAGAACACCCCCCUUUGUCCUUUCCCCUGUCUCCUCCACCUUCCUCCUCCUUGGUGUCUGUCAUUGGCAUUGGGCUUGCUAUGACCAGCCUUACUGAAGCCAAGCAGCUUAUAGGAUGUGCUUUACUAUGCGUGAUGGUGUUGGCUUGUUUGGUAGAUAGCUGGGAAAAGUACUGUUGCUCUAUCAUUAUGGUCCUGUUUGAUACUUGCAGCGAACACUGGUCACUCCAAAGCACUGUUUCUAUAGGAACAUUGAAUCUGUUUAUUAAAAGGUGUUUUAAUUGUGCUAAUUACAUAAUGACUGAUUUGAGAUAGAGGCCUUCAGAUACAUUCCAUGCCCUCCCCAGAAAACAGUCUGUGGGAGUCUGUUGCCUUGGUGCCAGGUAUGUGUUCUAAUGUAGGUCAUAGGGGUUUUCUACUUAAUGGGAAGGGAAAAACACUUGUUUCCAGCAUGGCUUUCUGGCCCAAAUACCAUGAAGCUCUUAGGAAGCUCCAUUCACAUGCUCUUUACCUUGUUGUACAUAAAAUGCACAAAACAGACAAUAAGGAUUUAACGCUUGCGCUUUUCUUCCCAGUGAAUUUCAGCUUAUGUGGGUGUCUCCCUUUGAACGUGAGCCAGGUUAUAUUUUCAGAGGUGAUUUUUUUUUUCUUUGCGCGUGAAGGAAUGGGGGGAUACCGCCCGUGGUCGCACAGCAUUCUGCUGAUAAUUAGCACCAAGCCUACACUGGUGCCGCCCGGCGACUUGCUUUUCUCAUGUGCCUGUGGCUUUGGGAAUGUAGCAUUUCCUUCUUCCCCUCCUCCCCUCCUUCCCCUUUCUUCUUCACUUUAGGUCCUGUAGACUCUUUAGUGACUGCGUUCCCCACAGUAAUUAGACAUCACUGGGUAAAAUAAAUGCCUUUACUGCGGUGAGACAACAAUGUGAAAAGCCCUGCAGCUUGUGCCAUUGCCAGGUUGUAAAGGAGACUCAGAGUCCGGUGUGGGGCACUGUUGGUCCAUUCCCGCAGAUACUGCCAAGGGACCGCUUGAGUUCAGUUAGCUCUCUGGCCAGAGCCUCUUACUGACUUCCCUAGCAGGGUGCAGCCUUCCUCCUUGUUAGAGGCAAGCCUGCUCUUUGAUAAAUCUACCUUCCUCACAAUCUAAAUCAUGGUUUUGUCUUGAGAUCCAAACAGAAAUGACUCUCCUUACAUCUGUUUUCUUUCCCAUCUUGUCAUCUUUGGACCGAAAACUUUUUCUAACUCUUCUCUUCGCUUUCGGCUACUCAUAGGUCUUUUGGUUUUCUCCUCUUGCCUCAGAGCCAUUUAUAUUCCCAGAGUAGAUAGUUCAGGGCUUCUUGCCAGGGUUAUCCAAGUGUGUCUCCUCUAAGUGGCAGAAAACGACACAGCCCCCACCAGGUGCAAAAGGGCCUGAAGCAGGGUGGAGAGGGCAGAGGAAAGUGGCAGAGAGUAGGAAACAGUAACCUAGUAUCUCCUACUCAAAGCCAGUAUAGUGUUUCACUGAGGUAGCAUUCAGUUUUGCACUCUGUUUAGAUGUUGAAGGCCUAGACAAAGACCUAGAGAAAAUGGCAGCUUACGUACCUCUCCACCCUGGAAUUUUUCCUUGUCUGUAGAUAAUACCCAUAGUCUGAAGAUCUAUUGAGAGAACAACGCACUUGUUCUGCCUAUCUUUUGCCUUUUCAAAGUGCAUCCAAAAUUGUCUUUGAUGAUUAUGCCCUUAUUUACAUAUGCUAAAGGCAAGUUCAUCCUUCCUUUUUGUAGCUGAGUACCCCAUGAGGCUCAUCGGGUCAGCCCCCAAACUAGGUGCCAGAUCCCUGUGCUGAACGUGUGCACAGUUUCCAGGCUGGUUCUCAGCUUGUAGGCCUGUAUCUGCAGGUGGUCAGGGUCUGAGAUCAUUCUGUGAGGGGUUUUCUCUUUGGGUGCUCUGAGGUCACGCCUGGGUCCGUGCCUGAGAUUGCCAGGUGAGCCUCAGGAGAGUGUUUGCGUGGUUCUUGUUUUGAGGAUAUUUCCAAAACUUUCUUAAAUUUUCCUGUGACUAAGGCACCAAUAACCCAUUCUUGUCCUCCAUUUGUGUGGCAGUUUUUAAUUCUUUGGCUGUGUUCUGAAUUUAACUAAAAAUUGCCCUUUCACAAGUGGGCUUUGAAUUUUUGCCAUUUUUGGCAAACACAUCCUCUUUCCCCCUCUGUUAACUAUCAGGUAAGUGAGGUAAAAACCACUUUCAUGUUUUCCUUUUUCUGAAAUGUAUUAGGCUCUUCUAUUCAACCCAGCCUCCUGCCUCCCCAUGUCUCCCUGUGUUGCUUUACAUAGGCUGCCUUGUUGCUGGGUGGCUGCUUUGCCCUGCUUAAUCAGCUGCUCCUGCCGUACUCCUUGAGAACUCAGGAGCUCUCAAGGUGGGAAAAACCUGUGGGCUCAAUGAUAUACCUCCCUUUAGGUAAAUAAUAGAUUAGGCAGUUUAUCGUCUCAGCAUUUAUCUGUUAAUAUUUAUAUAAAUAGUGAUAUAUACCUGUGGAUGGCCAUUCUCUUCCACUAGCUUUCUCUGUCCCCCCAGUCCCCCCAGUGCCACUUUACAUAUUCUGCCAUUCUUCUGUUGGUUUGUUUCCUAUACGGACUCUCAACACGAGGGCCCAGGGUGUGAGAUGGUACUAUUAGUAUCAUUUAGCUGUUUUAUGAAUUUAAAAAAAAUUGGGGGGUUGCUAUUCCUCACACUUAAAAUAUUUAUUUCCUCUAUAGAAAAGUAAAAUAUAUUUUAUGGUCCAAUCAGCAAUCUUACACCUGAAUUUUUGUGUGUGAUCAGCAAUGGUGUUAGUGCAGAAUAUUCUCCUACCUCACACCAGGAAAGGCAGAGGGGUAUAGGUCCUCUUCCCAAACUGUAAGUCCCCCUUCCUGCUGUUGGCCUUUCUGAGUCUGCAGUGACCACUGCCCAUGGAAUAACGGUAUUCUGACCAUUGGCCUGGGUCUAACAGUGUGUUCGUUCAUUCAGCAAGUGUUUGUGAGUGAUGGCCAUGCGCCCGAAGUGUCAGCUCUGUGUUCUCCCCUGCCACCACAUGGUGGUUUACUGACAUUGAGGGAUUGUACUUGGGCUGUCUGGCAUGUGCAUUUGGCCCUAAAGUAGCCGUUCCCAAUAAGAUUAUGCUGUUUAUAUCCACAGCUCUUUUAUGUAUACAUACAUUUCCUGAUAGAGCUGUCCUGGUUAAAAAUCAGUUCAAGACACUCCCAUUAACCCCUGUUGUCUUCCUAUAGCUUUGACAGUGUCUGGGAGAUUCCUCCGUAUAAGUAUCUUGGAUACCCACCAUUUUUAUGUGUUUAAGUAGAAUCUGGUGGGUUGGUAUGUUGGCUCAGAGUUUCACAAUAGGGCAGUUAAAUGUUUAAGUAAAGCAUCUGCCUGUACUCCCCUUUCCACUCCAGUGCCUUCCUUGAUCUUUUUACUGAGCUGCUUGUGCCCCUAAUCCCCUUUAUUAGAAAGUUUUGUUAUCACCCUUUUGGGACCUCUCACCAUCUCCCAUUCUAUGUGGAACUUGUUUUCCAGUCCUUCAACAACCUUUCAGCUAACCCUGUUUCUUAGGAGGGCCAAAGGUGUGCGAGAGGGAUGGCCACCUGUCUCUGGGUCCUGAUCCUCAACCAGUUGUUUGGUCUCCCAAGAGCCAGGCAGUGAGAUAGAUUGAACUCAGUCAGCUCUCAAAAAUGUCAGCCUGUAUCUCUAGGGGUACAGAGCUUAGAGAGCUUACAGACCCUAAGAACUUAGUGUCGAAGUCAACACGUUAUUAUCCUCCUAGACUUUCAGGCCCUAGAAAUUUGAUCUAAAGUAUUCUUGGUUGGCAUAAAGCAUUACUGUUACUACUUUGAUCUCAGUCUACAUUAGCAGUCUCUCUUUAGAAAUACAUGUAGCCAUUUAAUGCAUGGAGGAGGAUGCAUAGUGGAAGCAGGUCAAGGCUGUGUCUUUGACCAUCCUAUUGAGCAGUCCUUUGGAUGCAAGAAGCAGAAGUAUUCAAGCAGAAGAAUGGAGGGAGUCAUAAGGGUGCAGGGUAUUUCCCAAAACCCAGGAUAAGCAGUACAAUUGAUUCCACGUGGAGCUGAGAAGCUUUGCAGCCAGUCCUUUCUCAUGCUCUUCGGUCUGUCUGUCGGUAUGCAUGGCCCCAAAAUAGGCACCUGAGUCCUCAAGUCCACACGACCCCCCAGCUCUAGGGAUCACUGUUUUAACAGAAUCCCAGAGCCUCUUGGUUCAUAUUUUCAAGAAAGACUGUGAUCAACCCAGCACACCGGUCAGGUGUCAACCCCCGACCAGUCAGCCUUGCCACACAGGCCAGCAGCGGCAUGCCCCUUUGGGUGGGACGGGGGGGCCGGUACCCUGGCACGCUGCAGCAGUGGAGCUUAGCAUACUGCUUUUUUGAGAGUGGAAAGGCAGGCAUGGGACUGUCUGGGACUUUGAGGAAAUGCUUAGGUUAAAGUUGAUUUGGGUUACUGUCUUAUUUAUUUCUUUAUUUCCUGUUUUUCUUCCCUUUAUGAGUCUUGGCAUCCAAGAUUUCUUACCUCCCUCUUUAGGACCAGUUUCUCCUGUUCUGGAGAACUAGUCUCUUCUUAGGUGACAUUUCUUAGCCUUCAUUCGAUCUCAGGUUUCUAGUCUUCUUUCCUUUCAUUUAGAGAGCAGAUCACAAAUCCACUGUAGCCCCUACCCAUGGACUUCUGGGCUCUCUUCAGGUUUUAAUGCUGAAAAUAUACGCAUUCUAUGGGCCCAUGGCCUGUGUCCCUCCAUGCCCUCCUCCCCACCCUUUCACCUGGUCUUUCCUCUGUGAGGGCAGCUCUGCAGUAAUAUUCUUAGGCAGGCCUUCCAAGGUACCUCAGAAACUACUUAGCCAGUAAGAAUUUAUAAAGUUGAAACAGUUGCCAGGAUAUAACUUAGGUAUAGAUUCCAGUUCAGAGUAGAGCUUUUACUGAGAACUCUUUAGACAGGACGCACUUGUCCUCCCUAUCCAAUUGCUCCCUUUGUCGUCCUCUACUAAAGCCUUUAUUUGGGGUUUUCCUGCUUUGCCUGAAUCUUUCGAUCUUAUUUAUCUCAUCCUGGAGCCUGUUCUGUGUUAAGACGUUUCAUAAUUACUUACAACUUUUUUAAACUACUGGAGUCAUUUGAUGUACACAGAAGUAACCUAAUAAUCCAAAGAUAUACACUGAGGCCGUGUUGAAGGCCGGGGCCUGUGUAUUUGAAAUUCCCUUCUAGGCCCCAGGAUUAAGGGGCAGAGGGACAGCAGUGCCACUCGCCUUCACAGAGUCCUAGGAAAUCUGAGUUGGUUUCAAAGGGGAGCACCGGUGUUUCUUGAUUCCAGAAAGUAGCCCAGGAGUAAGUGGGGGAGUUGGGGUGGGGAGAGCAAGGCCUCUCUGGAGGCUCACUCGCAGUCGGCUGGAGAGCACGGGGCCAAAGGGCCAGCUGCUGACUAACAGACUAACAACUGUUUGGAGAGCUCGCUGCCCCUUUGCUUGUUCAGUGCUUGAGAAAAAUGUGGCCGACCACUCCCUGUGUUUGUAGAGAGCAGAGGCUGAACGCCAACCUCAGAUCUCCUACUGACUUGGCAGUGGAACAAAUCAGAGUUCUGGUCGCCUGGCCCCAUAUUUUUAUUCAGUCCCGAAAAUGAAUGUGAGAGGUGCCCUCCCCGAGUCCUCCUACCCCUGGCCCAGCUUGGGGAGCCAAGGAGAGCGCUGCUCGGUACCUGCUGUCUGAGCUCCUCAGGCCUCGUGCUGCCUCCGUGCUCAGGCCGCAGAGUGCGGUGUGCUGCGUGUGCACGCCCGGCACUCUGACCGCAGGGGUGCUGACCUGCCCUGUGUGUCAGCUCCCUCCUCGCUGCUCGCCUCUGACCCUGUUGUGGGUGAGGGUAGCCACACUUACAGCUGUCUGGAAACUGAAGAGGCAGAGGACUGCUUACCAGUCUGCAGACCGCAUGUUUUCUAUCCCUUGGCUGCUUCCUUCUGCUUUCUGGGUGAGGGAGCCCGCAGGCGCCAUGCCCACGAGCGUAGAUGCCUCCUGACCUGCCCUUCUCAGCAUCGUUUUAGUGUCUUGGCCUUGACCUCCUGCUGAAACGUGUGGUAGAGGCGUGGCAGCCGUGAGGUACCUCCUACAUCUGCUUUCUGGCUGUGGUGACUUGGGAUUUUUAACCUUAUAUAUCUUUUUCCUUUAUUCAAAACAAAACAAUUUUUAGCACACUGAAAGAAAAAAAAAAAAGCCAAACAUUUUGUGCCUUUCUAAGGCAGCACUGUAUCCCAGGCUGCAUUUUAGGACUUAAUAUGGAAAUACCAGAGUCUUAGCUCCUCUACCUUGAGUGUCAUUCGUCCCUCCAGCCUAGGGGAGGAGUGCUCCAUGUGGCUAGGGAAGUGGCACCAGGUGCAGUGUGUCGGCGCUCCCUUCUCCCUGCCACGGUGCUCCGUUAGAAGAAACGAGCAUUGUACCCCAGAUCAUUUGGUUGGUUCCAGUCAGAAUCUUAGUUAUCAGGGCGUAUGUUCUGUUCAGCAGGAAGAGACAGGAUGUUCCGUGACUCCCAGGUAUACUCUGGACCAUUUCAAGUGACCCAGCCUCCUGAUCCUGUUAGUGACCCAACUGCGUGGAACAGUGGAGGGUGGACUCUCCCAAGAAAGGGAGGUUGUUUGGUGGUUUGUUUUGUCUUUUUUGCUGGAUCCUGAACUGGCCUAGACCUCCUGCCUCUCCCUUAGACUUGGCUUUCCUUUCAUUUGAAAACUUCAGACGUAGAGCAUUAAGUAGCUAGUGCCCUCUGCAGGGGCGAGUUUUCCCCUAGGAAGGGCAGCAAGGACCACGUACCGGAACAGAAGCCUGUCCUCAGUAUUGUGGCCACUGUAGGUUUCGACCAAAAAAAAAAAAAAAGUAUUCUGUAUCAUGACAUUUUACUGAUCUCUUUCCCUUUUCUCAGUUCUUCCCUGCCUUUAACUAAUAAAGAAUUGGGAGAUAGAAACAAUUCUUUUCAAAGUCCUGCUUAUUCAGGAUUUUGACAUUCUUGGCCUGGGUGGGGCUGGAGAGAGUUGAUGCUUUCUCCAGAAUGAAGAGUCCCAUUUGUAUAUCAGUGUUAAAAAUAAAACAAAAUGGAAACUUAGAUGAGAUUUUUGUGGACUAUUUUAAAAAUGUGUCAUUAAUAUAAAAAAAUUAUAUUAGCAGUAUUUAAUCAUUCUCACCUGUAAAGAGUAAAACAGAAGGUAAAUAUUCUUACAGAGAAUAGCAGAGCUUUAAGAUUCAUUUUCAAGUCCAUGUUGUUUUGCCAAUGUAUUAAUGUUUAGAGGUUCUGUUAUACUAAUGUUAUUUAUUAAUUUUUUUCAUUUCCAUACACAGUUAACUAAAGAGCUUUUUCAGGCACCCAUGUCUGUAAAAAAAUAUUUUUAAAUAAAGUUUCUU